AGGAAAGUGGUGAGUCCGUUGAGGUUGGGGGAUCCUGAGCGUCCAUCACUGUUGAAGGUGGGAGAAACUUUUGAGAAAGGUCUUUCAGCUGUUGUCUUGUCACCGACGAAGCGAAGAGCUUCGGAAUCCUGUGCUCUGCUCUGUUCUUGACCCACCCGAUCACUGGUUUGGUUUACAACCCUAUCUCUGUUCUCCUCUUCGUGGCACCUUCGUCCUUUUUUUCUUUUUUCUUUUCAAAUUACAGCUCCAAUCUAUUGUCGUAGAUUUCUUUCUUUCAUAUCGUCUAACGGAAUAUCAAACUUAGAAAAAGAGAAAAAGAGAGCUGAUCCUGAUAGGAUGCCAAAUCACAAUUUUCUCUAAAAAAGCUGAUAGCAAUUUGAUUGGUUAUAGAUCCAAUCACUCAUUUGCGAUCUGAGCUGUAGAGUGAGUUGAAUUAAAAAUAUCCAAACCCUAAUAUCCAAUCUUCCACCUUAAUCGUCUAUAAAAGUGAGGGGAAACUUGCCCUUCACUGUACAGAAGGUGGCUCAGCCCUUGCGUCAUGCGCUUGCGCAUGUCAUUUAUCCCUUGCGUGUUUGUAAGAUUGAUGGUAGUAUGAGAGAUAUGCACAAGAGUGGGAGUCUUUCACGACAUUCUACUGGUAGUAAUAACAACAACAGUAAUACUAACAAUAAGACAUCAGCCCUAAGACUGUCUUCACCUCAACAAUCUCUAAGACGCUUGGGGUUGUGUUCCCAGCUAGCAACGGGGGAGCACUCGUCCCCUAUUGUGUUCCCCGAAAAACGUGGCAGAGUGAAGGCUUCAAGGAAGAGCAGUGAGGUCAGUGCCCCCAAUACCAAUCGUCCGGAUGAUCAGGACGCAACCAAGAAUUUUGAGCAUAGGAUUGACAUAGGAGGAGGUGGUGGAGGAGAUGAGAAGUCUGAUUUGUUAGGAUAUGUGGUAUUCUCUGGGAAACUGGUUUUGGAUAAGAGACGGAUUGCUAUAAAUAACAACAGUGAUGCUCAACAAGCCUCUUUUGAUAUUACCAACCAAGAAGCUGUAGAUGCCAAACUAACAAGCAAGGCUUUAGUUUGGGGAUCCCAAUUGCUGCACCUUGAUGAUGUUAUCUCGGUUUCUUAUAAUGUUGGUCUCAGACAUUUUACAGUGCACUCUUACCCAUUGAAAAAGGCUUCAUGCGGUCUUUCUUGUUUUAUAAAAUCUCGAAGAAGUCGCAAGGACUUUCGCUUUGUAGCUUCUAGUGUAGAAGAGGCACUUCAUUGGGUUGGAGGAUUUGCAGAUCAACAAUGUUUUGUGAAUUGUCUUCCCCACCCUUUAGUGUCUUCGAAGAAGCAAGCUUCCUCAGAAUUACUUCAGACUGAUACCCCUCCUGAAUUGCUCUUUAGAUGUAAGACUCCGCCUAAGAUGCUUGUAAUUUUAAACCCACGCUCAGGUCGAGGUCGUUCAAGUAAAGUUUUCCAUGGCAUUGUGGAACCAAUAUUUAGGCUUGCUGGGUUUAGAUUGGAGGUAGUCAAAACGAAAUCUGCUGGUCAUGCUAGAAAUCUUGCAUCAAGUGUAGACAUCAGCACUUGCCCUGAUGGAAUUAUAUGUGUUGGUGGUGAUGGGAUAAUCAAUGAGGUUCUUAACGGUCUCCUUAGUAGAGACAAUCAAAAGGAAGGAAUAUCUAUACCUAUUGGAAUUAUACCAGCUGGUUCUGAUAACUCAUUGGUAUGGACUGUUCUUGGAGUUAGAGAUCCAGUGUCUGCAGCAAUGGCUAUUGUAAAGGGGGGCCUUACUGCUACAGAUGUCUUUGCAGUCGAAUGGAUUCAGACCAAUAAAAUUCACUUUGGAUUAACAGUCUCAUAUUAUGGUUUUGUUAGUGAUGUGUUGGAACUUUCUGAAAAAUAUCAGAAGCGCUUUGGCCCACUGCGGUAUUUUGUUGCUGGAUUCCUCAAGUUCUUAUGCUUACCACGGUACAGCUAUGAAGUUGAAUAUCUUCCGGCAUCAAAAACAGAGCGGGAGGGAAAGCUUUCUGGUGAAAAGGAAGUAGUUGACAUGUCAGAUCUGUAUACUGACAUCAUGAGCAGAUCGAAUAAGGAUGGAAUGCCUAGAGCUUCUAGUCUUUCAAGUAUUGACUCAAUAAUGACUCCAAGUCGUAUAUCUGGUGGAGACCUGGAUACCUGUAGUAGUACUCAUGCUAGCACUGAACCUUCUGAAUUGGUGCGUGGCUUAGAUCCAAAGUCAAAACGCUUAUCAUCUGGAAGGGGCAAUGUAACAGCAGAGCCAGAAGUCAUCCAUCCGCAGCUGCCUCUAUCAACAACUCCAAACUGGCCAAGAACCAGAUCUAAGUCAAGGAAUGAUAAAGGAUGGACUGGAUUGACCACCACCCAAGAUACCUCUAGAUGGGGAAGUACUGCUACAAAUGAUAGAGAGGAUAUAUCAUCAACACUGUCUGAUCCAGGUCCUAUUUGGGAUGCUGAACCAAAGUGGGACGCUGAGCCUAAUUGGGAUGUGGAAAACCCAAUUGAGUUACCGGGGCCAUCAGAUGAGACAGAAAUAGGGUCCGCAAAGGAGGUUGUGCCUCGUUUUGGAGACAAAUGGGUUGUUUCUAAGGGACAGUUUCUUGGCAUUCUGGUUUGCAACCAUGCAUGCAGAACUGUUCAGAGCUCUCAGGUGGUUGCUCCCAAAGCUGAAUACGAUGAUAACACACUAGAUAUGCUUUUGGUUCAUGGGAGUGGAAGAUUGAGGCUGAUGAGAUUUUUCUUACUUCUACAAAUGGGUCGACACCUGUCACUGCCAUAUGUUGAAUAUGUCAAGGUAAAGUCUGUAAGGAUAAAGCCUGGUAAGCACACUCACAACGGAUGCGGUAUUGAUGGUGAGCUUUUCCCACUCAGUGGACAAGUAAUUUCUUCUUUGCUUCCGGAACAGUGCAGGCUUAUUGGUCGCUCUCAUAUAUGAUAACUGUGAGUUCUUUUCAAUUCUUUGAUGGGUUCUGGGAAGCUCAUGUACCUUCUCGUCUAUAUGAAUCCAGAUACCCAAUUUGUCUUGUCAAAUUCCUUAUUGCUGUAACAGCUGAGCUUUGUAAAUCUCUUGUUCCGGUUAUAUGUAUCCGUUGUUGCUUGCUUAUCUGUCAUUUUUAGUUUGUUUUCAUAAAAUGAAAAAAAAAAAAAACGCAUAUUUGUGCAUUUCCUGCAACAAGCCGCUGAAUGUAUUGCAGAUCUUCAU